GGCACGCGGAACACUACAUGAGGCUAUGAGCAGCCAAACUCUGGGUAGUCUCCCUGGAACCGCCAAGUUUAAGACGUGGCAAGGAGUUAGUGACUUCGGGCGAGUGUCUCUGCAGGAGGUGAAGUCCAUCACGACAGGCGAGGCGCACGACGCUGGGCUGACAGGCUGAGGACAGGAGGACGGCACAGAAGGCCCCGCGGCAAGAGGUGAAAGGGAGUUACUAACCACACUGAAGUCAACAACGCCUGAUUCACAGUUGAGUGAGAGUGGUUAACGUUUCGAGGCAGCGUCACUUUGUCACACCCUCUACCAACCCUUCCUUCACCUACUUCACUGGAUGUCCUUCGUGGAGGAUAAAGAAAACAAUCUCCGAGUCUUCUCUGAGAAAUAGAAGUUUAGCAGCAACUUCCAGUCUCUUAGUGCUCUCUGAAAUAGAAGCACACCUCCCUAAGUCCCUGCAAGAGCCCCCAGCAGCGCCAUGGUCAGGUCUAGGAUAAUCAGAGACUAACACCUGUAGCACUAACGCCACCUCCGUUCGGGUUGAAUACUGCAGCGAGAAAUAGCAGGAUGACACGAUUGGGCGUCAGACUACUGCUGGUGAUUGUACCUUGGCUCACCCUCCUCACCAGCCUCGCUGAGGGAGAGCGGAGACCAGCGGUACGCAGCGGCCAGGGAGAAUGCGAGCGGAAGGAGGUGCAGGUGCGGCCCGGCCAAGAGGAGUGGCUGGUCUCCCCGGGACACACGUGGCCCGGGGUCGCCGACGGGUCGCAGAAGACGUGCCUGUGGACAGUUAAGGCUCCACCAGGACACGGUGUGAUGGUGGAGCUUGUCCGUCUGAGGCUGCGUCGUUCCCGCCGCUGCUCCGCCUCUCGCGUAGAGGUGGUGCCGGCGGGUUCUGUCACUCGUGCCCGCACCCGCCCGCUCGCUAGGUUCUGUGGACGGAUCCCCAAAACAAGGGUGUGGAAGACAACAUUUUCAGAAGUUAACAUCGAAUACAAGAAAGGCAAGGGUGUUCGGGGACGAGGACGGCAGGCAGACCACCCAGGGCCUCACUCUGGCAGCAGGGAGAACGCCGCCGCUUCGUCAUCCAGGAGCCAAGCAGCACGCGACCGCGCUGAGAGACUCAAGCGCAUUAAGGCCCUGUACGAACUCUAUAAAAUAAGGAACAGGCAGAAUACGUCAUCCCAGCGGCACAUAAGUCGAGAACCGCAAUCUGACAGCAGCAGAUAUUACCACCACAGCAGAGGCUAUGAGUCUUCUGGUAGUCGCCGGUUUUACAGACAUCUGGACGAUAUGGAGAUGAAUGAAAAUAAUUCUACCAGCAUUUAUAACAAUGACUUGCAGAUUGAUGGCGACCGUUAUAUAUACGACCUGGACAGCAACACUUACAGCGCCACGACUGGACACAGGCAUCCCAACGACGUGAGGGUCUUCGGUGUGGGAGAGCCUGUCUUGUUUAAUUCAAACUCCGUCAUUUAUAGUAAAGGAAAUAAGAUUCAUCCUCAACGGGGACAUUACGUAGAACCCGAGUUGAGCCAGCAGGCACACCGCAAGGCCUCAGGGAAAAACAGCUUCGCGAACUCCAGGGAUAAUCUGGUGAAGAGACACCGGAGAUCUCCCAGACGCCAUCCCGAUACUGAUGCAUCCCAAACAUCUCGCCGGCAGCAGUAUCGUGUCUCGCUCAAGAAUCAUCUGAGGCACUCUUCAAAUUCUCGCGGCCGUAACGAAAUUAUUCCUAACAAGCCCACAAAGCCAACACAUGGUGGGUUUAAUGAUUAUAAGAAGAUUGGAUACGGAAAAUCUAAAGUAUCCUUGGAGACGCACAACAGAAGAGGCCACCCCAACAGGCUCGGGGGUGGCAGGAGGGGGAAGAAGGGAGAAUAUUUCGUGAUCAAGGUGUCCACUUUCCGAACUGCAUGUGGAGGACAAGUGGAUGAUGCAAGCGGUUGGUUCGCUAAUCCAGAAUAUCCGUAUAAAACCAGCGAGAAGGGUUCCUGUUUCUGGAGGUUCAAGACGCCUAUGAGGAGUCACUGGAAACUUGUGUGCAAGGACUUCGUGAUUCGGAAAUCACGCGACUGCCGCCGUGACCACCUGGCCAUCAGGAUCAACGAGGCACACUGGUCCAGGUACUGCGGGCGAGAGGGUCCCAGCCUGGCCCUCACCUCCUCCCAUCACGCCUCAGUGGACGUGGUCCUGCACACCUUCAGGAAUCGCUCCGCUAGAGUGAUGUGUACUUGGGAAACUACCCUCAUAGACAGCAGAGGCGGUCACUGGGAGGAGAUGCAUGACAGGUACUGGUGGUACAACUUGACGGUGGCCACCACUACGACCACCACCACCACCACCACUACCACCACCACCACCACGCCGCCACCACAGAUAGUCCCUCAAGGAAGGAGUUGCAACGACUACAUCCACUUGACCACGGAGCACACCAUGUGCAAGUCAACGCCCAGCACGUGUUCCAUAUACCAGGAGGGAGUGAGAGGUAGCGACAGGCAGGCCAUCCUGGAGUCUCACAACACAUAUCGCGCCAAGGUGGCCCGCGGGGAGGAAGGCCAAGGGUUGCCUGGGCCGCAGUACUCCGCUUCCGACAUGCAACAGCUGUCCUGGAAUGAGGAGCUGGCGCAGGUGGCUCAGGCGUGGGCCUCUGCCUGCCCGGACUACCAUGACUGUCACGACUGUCGCAAGGUGCUAUCCAGAGACUACUACGUUGGCCAGAAUAUCUUCUAUGAGUGGAGCAGUACCAAUGCCGGCUCUGUGUGGGACACUGCGGUCAGACUUUGGUACGAAGAGGUCAAGUAUGUGCCCAACUACCUCACUAAAAGAUUCUACUCCAUGGACCAUGCAGUGAUCGGCCACUACACGCAGCUGGUGUGGGCCGAGACGCGGGAGGUGGGCUGCGGCGCCGCCUACCACGACUGCAUCAAGGUCUUCAAGGGGAAGUCUUGGAAACUUAAAUGCAAGAUAUAUGUUUGCAAUUAUGGUCCAACCGGCAACUUCCUCGAUAAGCCCUUGUACACCAUCGGGCCCGCUGCGUCAGCCUGUCCGCAAGGCUCGCGCCCUUCCGUCCAGUACCCGGGCCUUUGCAACUCGCACUGAGCCAGUGCCGAGCUUCUCCACAGCACCUCGUCGUAAACAUGUACUGAAGACUGCGUCGGACGGCACCGAGUGCAGACCUGACGUACUGAAGAGCUCUAGGGUAUAUGGAAAGCAGACCCAUACAACUGUACCUGUUAGGACUAUGACAUUUCGGUCUGGGUUAUUCAGAAUGUUUAAUCUUAGCUGAGAAGUGCCUCAUUCACUGAGUGUGAACCGGCACUUCAUUGGUGAGUGGCGAGGCCGAGUGAAUGUAUUACCGUUUCCGAUGUCUGCACCGCGCCUGCCUACCUCGGUGGGCAAUAUUUACGGGAGCGAAUGUUACCCAGUCUCCCUUCUGAAUAUCGCACUACGUCGUACUUCACUUCUUAGUGUUAAUCUGACUCAUCGCCAGAUCACCUGCAAUAUUAAUUCAUAGUUAAGAAAGUAAUUUUCCUGUCAAAAAUGCAUUUUUUUUCAAAAUUGUAUAUUUCUAAUAUCACAAGCUAUUAUGUGUUCUUGGAAAGAAACGCAUAUUAACUUAACGAACUAUUCGGAAAAAAAUACUAAGAUGUAUUAUUUUGUUGGUCAUUUAUAAAACAAGGAAAUUUACCUUUGAACGUUAAGCACACAAAUGUGCGCUUUUAUUGUAACUUAAUGUUGUCAGACUUGCUGAUCUGACGGUAUCCUCGAAGUUACUUAAACUGUGAUAUAUGGAUCAUUGCGACGAGAGCACAGAAGACGUGUCUUAGUGGGAGGGCCAACUAGAGGUUGGCUCUCCGCAGCGACGCUAGCAGCACUGGUGGACUGACUGGCCUCGGUGCUGGGCGAAGGACGGAGGUGACGCGGUGCCGGCAAGCCAGGAGGAAGUCAACAGAAACUUCAUGGCGCAUAAUAUAUUUCUUAAUAUUUAUUUAUGGUAUGUAGGUAUUUUCGUCUGGUUGUGGUCGAUCAUUGAGGCCAUACCGCUUCUUGUAAUAUAUGUAUGUUUUUUUUUCUUUUUUUUUUCUUUAUCCCAUUUUAAUGCAUUGAGAGUGGGUUGCCCACAAUACAUGUUACGUAGACUCGAGAGGAGUUCAGGUGUUGGCAAUAUUUGGAGUGACACCAGUGAUCACUACCAGAGAGAACCAUGGUAGUGGAUGCGGCCUGUGUACACCGUUGUAACGUAUUUAUAUGCUGUUCUGUGUCCGUUAUGGGUUAUGUGUCGGUGAAUAAUAUGCCUUUACUAACAAGUGCUUUACAUUACAAAAUGGUCACGAAAUGUCAGUAGGCUAAAAUAUAUCAAUUGAUUUUAAGAAAUAGUAUUUUGUCUUCAUUCGAAUUCAUCGUAACCAACUCAUAUUAAAGAAAAAAUUAUAUCCAACCUUCACCCGAUUCUGGCCCUAGUAUUUUAUGUCAACCCUGAAGUGGCCACGUUUGAAGUGCAUACAUUACAUUCUGAUAUGAUGGUCUCAUGUAAGGGAAGUGAUGAAGAUAUCAUUUCCUGUAUUUUUGCAUGCUCGAGGGUGGCCUGGUUCCACUGUACCACUCCCGCUGAGGCGAAUCACCGUCUCCGCUCACGCCGCUCCAAAGAGACUGAAAAUUCUUGGGUCUGACUUAGUCCACGGACGUCUCCUGAGAGCUGUAAAAGAAAUCGCCAGCUCCUAGUCAGUAUUAGAUAUAAGUUUGUAUAAUAAAUUUUUGGACCAGAUAAAAA